AUGCUGCGCCUGUUCUUAUCCCACCUGCUGGGAGUCUGGCUGCUACUGAGCCUACGUGCCAGAGAGAUCCCAGCCCAGGAGGAAGUGUUAAAGGCAUGCGGCCGCGAGUUUGUCCGACUACAAAUCCGGAUCUGCGGCUCAUUGUCCUGGGGAAAAAGCAGUCAGCAACACCGGGAACCUCGGCAGGCACCCGCCGCACUCCCAGAAAUCGUGUCCUCCUCCAUCACCAGUGGUGCAGAAGCCUUGAAUGGGAUGUUGGAAUACAUUCCUGAUUUGCCACAAGAGCUGAAGGCAACACUGUCUGAGAGGGAGCCAUCAUUCAGAGAACUACAACCUUCAUUGAAGGAUUCUAAUCUUAACUUGGAAGAAGUGGAGAAAAGUAUUCUUGGUAGACAAAAUGAAGCUGAAGACCAAAGUCUUUCACAAUUAGGAAGAUCAAGGUUAGAUGCACAUUCUCGAAUAAAGAGAUCAGACUAUAUAAGAUACAGUGACAGGUGUUGUAACGUAGGUUGUACCAGGAAGGAGCUUGCUGAUUUAUGCUGA